GCAGAUCUGUGAGGACUAGAGGAAGAAGAAUGCUCCUGGCUGCUUUGUGCUGUCUGCUGUGGAGUUUCCGAACCUCCACUGGCCAUUUCCCUCGAGCCUGUGCCUCCUCCAAGAGCCUGAUGGAGAAGGAAUGCUGCCCACCAUGGAGUGGUGACGGGAGUCCCUGUGGCCAGCUUUCAGGCAGGGGUGCCUGUCAGGACAUCGUACUAUCCAAUGCCCCAUUCGGGCCUCAGUUCCCCUUCACGGGGGUGGAUGACCGGGAAUCUUGGCCUUCUGUCUUUUACAAUCGGACCUGCCAGUGCUUUGGUAACUUCAUGGGAUUCAACUGUGGAAAUUGCAAGUUUGGCUUUUGGGGACAAAACUGCACAGAGAAGCGACUUUUGGUGAGAAAAAACAUCUUUGAUUUGAGUGUCCCAGAGAAGAACAAAUUUCUUGCCUACCUUACUUUAGCAAAGCAUACUACCAGCCCAGACUAUGUCAUCCCCACAGGUACCUAUGGCCAAAUGAAUAAUGGAUCAACACCCAUGUUUAAUGACAUCAACAUUUAUGAUCUCUUUGUCUGGAUGCAUUAUUAUGUGUCAAGGGACACACUGCUUGGAGGGUCUGAAAUCUGGAAAGACAUUGAUUUUGCUCAUGAAGCCCCAGGUUUCCUGCCUUGGCACAGACUCUUCUUGUUGCUGUGGGAACAAGAAAUCCAGAAGCUGACCGGGGAUGAGAACUUCACUAUUCCAUAUUGGGAUUGGCGAGAUGCUAAAAGCUGUGACAUUUGCACAGAUGAGUACAUGGGAGGGCGCAACCCAGCAAACCCUAACUUACUCAGCCCAGCAUCCUUCUUCUCCUCUUGGCAGAUCGUCUGCACCCGACUGGAGGAGUACAACAGCCGACAGGCUUUAUGCGAUGGAACUCCAGAGGGACCGUUACUGCGCAAUCCUGGGAACCAUGACAAAGCCAGGACCCCAAGACUCCCCUCCUCUGCUGAUGUGGAAUUCUGCCUGAGUCUAACCCAGUAUGAAUCGGAUUCCAUGGAUAAAGCUGCCAAUUUCAGCUUUAGAAAUACACUGGAAGGAUUUGCUAGUCCACUUACUGGGAUAGCAGAUGCCUCUCAAAGCAGUAUGCACAAUGCCUUGCAUAUCUAUAUGAAUGGAACAAUGUCUCAGGUACCGGGAUCUGCCAAUGAUCCCAUUUUUCUUCUUCACCAUGCAUUCGUUGACAGUAUUUUUGAGCAGUGGCUCCGAAGGCACCAUCCUCUUCAAGAAGUUUAUCCAGAAGCCAAUGCUCCUAUUGGACACAACCGGGAAUCCUACAUGGUUCCUUUUAUACCUCUGUACAGAAAUGGUGAUUUCUUUAUUUCAUCCAGAGAUCUGGGCUAUGACUAUAGCAACCUACAAGAAUCAGAACGGGACAUUUUUCAAGAUUACAUUAAGCCCUACUUAGAACAAGCAAGUCGGAUCUGGCCAUGGCUCAUUGGGGCUGCUGUGGUAGGCUGUGUCGUCACUGCUGUGCUAGGAGGGCUCACCAGCCUAUUGUGUCGGCGCAAUAGAAAGCAGCUCCAUGAAGAAAAGCAGCCACUCCUCAUGGAAAAGGAGGAUUACCACAGCUUGUUGUAUCAGACCCAUCUAUAAAAGGCUUGGGUGAUAGAGUAGAGCCAA